AGUUUAGAUGAAACUCCAGCUUCCGGUUAGCUGCUGGAACACAAACUCAGGGCAAACGUGAUUAGGUUUUUGGGGGUUUUCAUGUUGUUUUCUCGAAAAGGUGUUUUCCUGGUAAUGUUUACGACUGUAUUCAGAAAUUAGGCCGUUCGCAGUCGAUGUUUAAUUGCGCUCGGAUAUUAGCCGGUUUUUAUUUUUUAUUUACCCCUUAGCGGCGCUGUAACCUUGGCGUUUCUGCGUCUGAGGAGCAGCCAGUGUCCCACAAAUUCAACAUGUCCGCUGUUUAUCGCUCUCUAAACUUUUUGUCAAUUAGGACCCUGAAAGAAGCGACGGUUUUAUCCCCUUGUGGCUGGUCCGUGUCCGCGCGCAGCAAAUUCUCCAAAGCUAGAAUCCCAAAGGAGCUUUUCGCUGAGAGAUCAAAAGAGCACGAGAAGUAUGGCGGCGAUCCAGAGCAGCCCCACAAACUGCAUAUAGUGACCCGGGUCAGAAGUGUGAUGCGAAGGCCCUACUGGGAGAAGGAGAUAGUGAAAUACUUCGGACUUGAAAAGGCCCACAAGCCUGUAAUCCACAAAAACACGCCUUCAGUUAAUGACCAGCUGAAAACCAUCAAGCACCUUGUAAGGAUCCAGCCACUGAAAACUCCACACGGGCUCCCUGCAGAGGAGGACAUGGCCGACACGUACAUCAACACCAAAGGAGAGCUGAUUGUGCGUCGCCUCCUCCAGCCUGUCGACCACAAGGCUAUCGAGUCUUAGCGCUGCUCCGUGAUGCUUGUUCAAAUGUCAGCUGUUAAUAAAUGUAACGAAAACACACA